CCUAAGUAAAUACCACCCCUCCAAUCAACAAUUUUAUAUCCACGUCGUCUCCCAAAAUCUCUCCCUCUCUCUCUAUGUUCCCUUAACCCUUCCGGGAUUAGGGCACUUUGAUCUCGAACUUCCUCUAGGGUAAUAUCUGUAGAUGUAAAGCAGCGUGUCUAUCCUAUAAUAUCUAGGUUUUUCUGUUUUCCAAGAUCGUUUGUCCUCUCCCACUUUUCUCUAUUACGCACGGUUAGGGUUAGGGUUAGGGUUAGGGUUUUGUGCGAAGAUGAUGCAACCAACACCUGGUAUGGUUCGACCACCAAUGCCUCACAUGCCAAUGGAUCAGCAGCAACAGCAGCAGCACUACCAAUACCAACAACAGCCACCGCCACCGCAGCAGUGGAUGAUGAUGCCGCCUCCUCAACAACAGCAGCCACCACCUCAACAACAGCCUCUUCAGCCGCAGCCACCCCCGGUCUGGGCCCAGCAGCCUCCUCAGCCCCCCAUGCAACAACUUCAGCUGCAGCAGCAGCAACAACAGCAGUAUCAGGCCGCUCAGAUGGGCUCCAAAGAGAUUCGAUCGCUUUGGAUUGGAGACUUGCAGUACUGGAUGGAUGAGAACUAUCUUUACACCUGUUUCGCUCAGACUGGAGAAAUUGCCUCGGUGAAGGUUAUUCGUAAUAAGCAGAGUGGCCAGCCUGAGGGUUAUGGCUUCCUUGAGUUCACAACUCGUGCGGCGGCAGAAAGGGUUUUACUUACAUACAAUGGCACACCGAUGCCAAGUGCUGAACAGAAUUUCAGGCUGAACUGGGCCACCCUUGGUGCUGGCGAGAAGCGUGCAGAUGACACUCCAGAUUACACUAUAUUUGUUGGAGAUUUGGCUGCUGAUGUUUCGGAUUAUAUUCUACAAGAAACAUUCAAAGCUCACUAUCCAUCAAUAAAGGGUGCAAAAGUUGUCAGUGAUAGAGUCACUGGGCGGUCUAAGGGUUAUGGAUUUGUUAGGUUUGCAGAUGAGAGCGAACAAUUGCGAGCUAUGACUGAAAUGAAUGGAGUGGUCUGUUCUACGAGGCCUAUGCGGAUUGGGCCUGCUGCUACCAAGAAACCUGCUGGUACUCAGCAAUAUCAGAAUGCUUCUUACCAGAAUUCUCAGGGAAGCCAGGGCGAGAAUGAUCCAAACAACACAACAAUAUUUGUUGGUGGUUUGGACCCGAGUGUUUCAGAUGAGAAUUUGAAGCAAGUCUUUAGCCAAUAUGGUGAGCUGGUUCAUGUGAAAAUACCCGUGGGUAAGCGUUGUGGUUUUGUUCAAUUUGCUGACAGAGCUCGUGCUGAGCAAGCAUUGUCAAUGUUGAAUGGUACUCAACUAGGAGGACAAAAUAUUCGACUUUCAUGGGGGCGUAGCCCUUUGAACAAACAGGCUCAGCCAGAUCAGAGCAGCCAAUGGAAUGGUGCAUAUUAUGGAUAUGCACAAGGAUAUGAUGCAUAUGGAUAUGCGCCACCUCCUCAAGACCCUAAUGUGUACUACGGAGGCUAUUCUGGCUAUGGAAAUUACCAACAGCCACAGCAGUGAUUUGUUGCUGUCCGUUGGGAAGCCCAAGAGGUGGCGAACUGUUUUCACUCUCUUCUGAUUUUACUUAGUGGCUUCAGUUUUCCAGUUUAUCUAACUGGCUGUGACUCUUAUGGUGUUUGGCUUCAGGGUUAGUAGUACAUUAAAAAAUCUUAUUUCAAGGAUGCUAUUUUCCUGGAAACUUCUCUGAGUAUGUUGGAGGCUUCUUUAGAAUAUUGAUGCACUUUUUUUUUUUUUUUUUUUUUCCCUUCUGGUUUGUACUGCUUGAUUUUUGUAUUAUGCAUGCUAUUUUAACUUUUUCUUAAUCAUGGGCUAUGGUUUGUUUA